AUGAAAUGUUAUCAGUGCAAUUCACAGAAAGAAUCCGAUUGUGAAUCAAGUGAUGCUGAAGUGCUGAAGAAAUAUUCCAAAGACUGUGUUGUCCUCAAAGAGGGUACCUACAAGGGAAAAGAGCCAAUCGCAUGCCGUAAACUUGUUCAAUAUGAUUUAUUGGUGUCGGAUUUGCUGAUUGAUAUAAUCGCAGAAUUGAAGGAUAUUGAUUCGUCUCGUCGAGUUGUUCGCGAGUGUGCGUACACCGGUGAUAAGAACUUGGACGGUAUGCGUAAGCAAGGCAAUAAAGGUGUUAAAGUGUUGUUUUAUCAGUGCCAAAAUACUGAUCAAGUUGGUUUUUAA